UUUGGCCCGGGCACUGUGCUCAAGGUUAUGGAAAACAAGGAGACACCUUUAGCACACAAUAGAAAAGGAGUGCUUGUAAAUUUCUGGAAUGGGCAAACUAAGGAGGUAUCUUCUGACCAAGCUCUGUGGAUCCCUCUGCCCUUAAGCGAGCGCAUCAUCCUAGAACUGCAGAUGCCAUUGGCAGCCAGGCAGAUGGUGGUGGAGUCAAGCUUGGACUACCCAUACAUUGUGGCACCAGGUUACAGAGCUUCAGGCUGUUACAGAUGGGGCCACUCAGGGCUGGACUGCUGGCCAGGGGGGCUGUGUUCAGUUCAGCCAUGCACUAAGUGCAGCUGUAGGUGUGCCUUAGCUCCCCACUGCUGCCUUGCAGCCUGCAAAAGCCCACAGCCUACAGAGCACAAAGUGCGGCAAGAAAAUUUUGUCAUCCCAGGAGCAUCCUUGAGUAAAGAAGAGCUCAGCAAGAAAAUAGAAGAGCAACUGUCUGAAGUGAGGAUUUCCCCUUCAGGAAGCGUUUCCAAAGAGGAAGAGGAAAAUGAAGAGAAGAGCUUGAUGACAGAAAAUCUUCCAAAAGAUGCUCAGUCUUGCUUGGAAGAGGACAGUGAGGUUUUAGGCCCUAAGAAGAGUCCUCAGAGGGAGAUGGCUCAUGCUACAAUGGUUGAUACUGCUGUCAACACAGACAGUUGCUUGAUGGAGUCAGUCCACAAGGAAGAAGCAGGCAGCAGACAGCAGGAUGCUGGAACAGAGGCUCAUUUUAAACAUAAACAUGGUCUUUUUGAGUUCAGAGUGGCAGAUGCUCCAGUUCAACCUUCCCAAAGGAUCACUUCUCCCAAAGGAGCCAGUGCCUUGUGUCCUUUCCAGCGACAGAGCUUCUUUGACCAAGUGCAUCAGUCACUAAAGAAAGACAGCCUGGCCAUUGAAUCAGCCCUGCAUGUACAGAGACCACGCAGUACCUCCAGUGCACAAGCUGGGAGAUUCACAAAGCUAAGUCUUCUAAAAGACAGAAGCAUUUCAAAAUCUGUGCGUAACAGUGCAUCUCAGGAGAGAUUGGAAGAGAUGGACCUCAACAAGGCCAAGAUUGAGCACAGAAGGCACCAAGAGGAAGAGAGGCAGUUGAAGAGGCAGCAGCAGCAAGAGGCAGAUGCUGUCCGACGUCAGCUGCGCAGGAACAACCAGAGGCAGCGAUUGUAUCAGAGAACUUUGCAAGGGUUGGAGAAACAGCUGGAGCACAAAAACAGAGCUUUGCUGCACAUGGCGCUGCUGCAAACUGCUCAGUCAGAGAGGAGCAAGAAGGAAUCCUUCUUGGCAGAGGAGGAUAACAGAAAGUUAAGUCAGAGGCUGCAGUUCCUACAUGCACAGCGACUGCAGAGAGAGAAUUUUCUUGCAGAACUCAAUGAGCGGAGCUUUAAACAAGAAAAAGAAAGGCUGGAUUUUUUGAGGAACAGAAUGCAGUCACGGCAGGCAGUGCUGACACAAGACUUAGAGGAGCAGGACAGGCAACAAAAGCAUCACCAGGCUGCCAAAAGGAAAGUGUUCCAGAACAGAGAUCGUUUACAUGAGAAGAUGCAAAAAGAAGAACAAAGACACUGUGACCUCCAGCAAUACCUCAGAGAACAGAAUCUUUUGAUGUUCCGAGCAUCACUACUAGACACCCAGAGCCAAAGUGGAUACGAAACUGAGGUGCUGCAGCUUGGAAACACGCAACGCACUUUCUGGAAUAUCACUCAGCCAAGAGCACAGGUAUUAGAAAAAUUCAUCCCUGUUACAGGAAUACAUUUUCAGUUAUAGUAGUUUCUAAAAAUAAAAAGGUUAAGAAGUCCCCUUUGC